GCCAGCCCAGCCCAGCCCAGCCCAGCCCAGGGGUGUCGAGGGGGCGCCUGGCCGAGCCCCCGCCCCGUCGGCUUGCUGCGGCUGCGCGGGGCUGGGCUGGGCUGGGCCGGGCCGGGCCGGGCCGGGCCGGGCCGGGCCUGGAGGUCGCCCGGCAGGAGGAAGUGGAGGCCGCGGCUGAGCGUUCCCCGCGCGGGAGCGGAGGUCCCAGCGGCAGUGGCAGCGGCCGCGCCGGCCGUGGCGCAGCCCCGCGGUAUCGGCAGGCAGGCGCGGCGGGAGGUCGCCGCCGGCGGUCCCGCCGUGCUAUGCCGUGUGGUGAGCGCUCCCUUCUCCGGGAAAGCGUAGCGCGCCGGAAGGGUUGCAGCAGGCUCUGAUUUAGCCGUGAAAGUUUUCCAGCCUGAGCACGUGAGAACUUGGGUCGUAAGAGGUUAUUUACCCAUAUUGUGGGCGAGAAAGAAACGCAGCCAUGCCGUGCUUAUUUCGGCCUCCCUUCAAGCGGCCUAUGGUGCUGUUCUGCCUUUCCUUUAAGGUUUGAUGCCGUUAUGGUUUGUGUCUGUUUCUCUUCUUCAAGACAGGAAUGAAGAGAAAUUACUGGAGAGGUAAAGAAAAGCAUAGAUGGAGCAAUCACAAGCAAAGUGACCAUCACCAUCAGUAUAGGAGAACCAAUCACAAUAACUAUGCUGGAAGACCUGAACAGGAGGAGACACAGCCCCCUGUGAAUGCAGGCCCCAGCAACAGUGAAAAUUCUUCUUCCAGUUUAACACAGAACUCUGUAGCACCAGAACUGCCAGGAUUUUACUAUGACUCAGAAAAGAACCGCUAUUUUCGUCUACUGCCUGGGCAUAAUAACUGCAACCCACUCACCAAGGAGAGCAUUCAGUACAAGGCGAUGGAAUGUAAAAGACUGAGACUCUUAGAAGAGGAAGAAAAACAAAAGAAGAAAACAGCAAGGGCUGGACUGAACUCAUCUAUGCUGUUACAUAAAAGGCAGCUAGGUUUGCUCAGCUCCACAAGUUAUUGCAGACUAGUCCAUGAAUUAAAAGUAAGCUGCAUGCAGAGGAGGAAGAUAGAAAUUCACAGUCCAGAUUCCUCAGUCGCUGGAACCAACAAUUUUAAAAUAAUUGUGGCAGAUGUUGCUUGUGAGCGGAUAUUCACUGUGAAUGAUGUAGAACAUGGAGGGUGUAAAUACGGUAUCAUCAAUCUCAGUGGUUUGGGGAAGGAGUCUCUUACUGUGGAGAUGUAUGACAACCUCUACUUCACAAACCGCAAGGUGAAUUCUGUGUGCUGGGCAUCAUUGACUCAUCCAGAUUCUCAUGUUUUGCUGUGUCUCAUGGGAAUUGCAGAAACACCAGGCUGUGCCAGUCUGCUUCCAGCGUCGUUGUUCAGCAACUCUAACCCAGGAGAUGGACCUGGAAUGUUGUGCAGCUUUAAAAUAUCCACUGCCUGGUCCUGUGCUUGGUGCCUGAAUCCCCAAGCAGACAACUGCUUCAGCACAGGCCUGACACGACGAGUUCUUGUGACCAAUGUAGUGACAGGGCAUCGACAGACAUUUGGAACCAGUAGUGAUGUCUUAGCACAACAGUUUGCCACACAGACACCAGUGCUGUACAAUGGCUGCCGUUCAGGUGAGAUUUUCAGCAUUGAUGUGCGUCAACGCAACAGAAAGGGCCAGAGCUGGAAGGCAAUUCGUCUCUUCCAUGACUCAGCAGUUACAUCUAUUCGCCUUCUCCAAGCUGAACAUUAUCUUAUAGCAGCAGAUAUGGCUGGAAAGAUAAAACUGUGGGACCUGAGAACAGCAAAAUGUGUGAAACAGUACAAAGGCCAUCACAAUGAAUAUGCUGUUCUCCCUUUGCAUGUAAAUGAGGAGGAAGGACUUCUGACAGCAGUUGGCCAGGAUUGCUACACUAGAAUCUGGAGUCUCCAAGAUGCCCAUCUGCUCAGAACCAUCCCUUCUCCCCACCCAUCGUCCAAAGAUGCCAUUCCCAGUGUGGUGUUUUCCUCAAGACUUGGGGGUAGCCAAGGAGUUCCUGGCUUGCUCAUGGCUGUCAAACAGGAUCUCUACCACUUCUCCUAUAACUGACACAGUUGAUAUUCUCCACAUACCUGGGAUACAAAGCCAGCAUCCUAUAGGUGACUUCAAAAUUGUUAAACAAAUCACUGUGCCAUUGAGUCAAUGUGUGCUGUUCUUGCAUCUGCUUUAGCCAUGAGAUUCUGAACCUCCUUCAGCAGGUUCAUCAAGUCUUGCUCUAUACAUCUCAGACAUCUUAUAAAUAAAAGCAGAAUGCUGAUUAAUUUCUCAAGCAGAAUUCAGCCUCUCUGACAUCUAGUUGUAAGCUUUGAAAAGCUGAUAACUUGCAGUAUGGGGCUGACUCUCAUACUAGCUGGACUUGCUGUCAAAAGGCUGCUCUAAUCCAACCCUAGUUUGAUCAGGUAUGUGACAGCUGUGGUUACCUCUACAUUAGCAAGUAGACUGGUGCCACAGCAUGGAUUAGCAGAACAAAGCAGUUAGUGCUGAGAAGCUGACAGUAUAGGUGUUCUGGGGUUUUAUUUGGACUUGCUCUGAUCUGGGUCCCUGAAGCAGCUGUCUCCACUACUUACCUGGCUGGAAGCAGUGCAAGGGAAAGCUAUUUUCCUAGCCUUUGCUGGUAGCCCUCUGGGAGGGGCCAUGCUAAACUUUGAUGGUAGCAUGCCACUGCCCUGCUACCAUUUCCUCUAAAAGGCAUCACGUAUAGAACAAAGCCCCAUUCCUAGUUCAGUACCUGGGUUGAAUGUCCCAAUUAACUCAUCGUAGUGCUUCCUAACCAAGUCCCUACCUGAUUUGGAGUUUAGUCAUCAGCCACAUAGUAGUCCAGAAGGGCAGGCUUAUUCAUGCAGCUGUAGCCAGUUCUCUGGGAGCAAGAGUCAAGCGCUGUCUGGAGAGACUGUCUUUCUUUGGAUGAGAUCACUUGCUGUGGAUUCAGGGCUUUUGAAAACAGAGGUACAACCAAGGCUUUUAGCUGCAAAGUUGUGGUACCAGCUCACAGUACCUGGGUGGCAUUUUGGGAGCCAAUACCUGUAUUUCAGAGUGCUUGUCAUCCAGUGGAGUCUCAUUACCCUCAGCACCUGCCUAUCAGUGGUGGCCUUGCCCAACCCAAACUGGCUAUCCUGUAGAUACUAUACAGAGGAAGUAUAGACAAGAUCAUGGAGCCCCAGAUAUUGAAGGCUUUCAGUGAGGGCUGCUGCUAGCUGGGGCUGUUGAUAGGCUUUGCAACCUAGUCCAGCACAGCCAGUGCCUGGCCCAAGGCAGGCAGUGAUUGCGUUAGCCAUGAGGGCUGCCACUUUGUCCAGCAGAAAAUGCCACAGUCUUCCUGAUGAGCAGUACAGCAAGGUUGCAAUUAAGAGGGAGAAUGUAUUGAGUUGGCUCAGGGAGAUGGCAGUGUCUGAGAGACAGGCUGGGUGUCUAUAUUCCCAGUGCUUCUGAAAUCACGUAGAUGCUGCAUGUGGGUGAGCCUUUAUCACAGCAGAAACAACAAAGAUGAGUUUCCCCAGUGGCUAGAGGUGCAGCCUUCAGCACAGUUGGAGUACCUAGGAUGCUCUGUUUCUUUAUUCCAGAGGGGUGUUUUGGUGCUGGGCAUCAGGGGAGGAGGGGGCUUGCAAUUCCAUUUCAAAGCUUUUGUACUUCAGUAAAUUACAGUCCAGGAAUAAAAAAAGAAACAGUGCUAAUACUCCUCUCAUGUCUGUACACCCUCUCUCUGUUUCAUCCCCCACUAGCAUUCACUUCACCAUGUCUUUUGAGCAUCUAUAACUACUUUGCUCUCCAAGGCUCUUCGUGACUUUGCUGCUUGUUGCCCUGCACCUGGGGAUCCUAGAAGCCCUUGCAGACUUAGGGCUAAGUGGCCUGCUAAAAGAGGUUGUGGAAGGCAUCAGACAAGCAGCUGUUUUUCAGUGAAAGGUGUGUGGGGGGGGGGGGUCUGCUCAGUCUCCAUGUAUAAGCAGAGGCAGGGAAUAGUGGUAACCAUAGGUAAUUGAUUGUAAGAGUGAUAAGCUGUAGUUCUGUCACAACCCAAAGGAUUAAGCCUUAAGGGCUGAAGGAUGCUCUGUUGGAUAAUUAGCCCCCCCCCACCACCACCACCACCACCUUGUAGGGUGCCAAGCAAUCCUGUUCCUGCCCUCAAAGGAAACCUUCACCACCCCUAGCCCAGGUGUGCAGCCUACUCAUCCCUUCACAUCCCCACUAGUGGCUGGAGCUUAUUAAGCACACUUCAGGAGUGUGUCAUCCAGCUUGGCUUCCUCCAAAAGGAAUCCAGUUCAUGCCCCACAUGUGCUCUGUAUUGUGAGUUGAAUACACAGAUUCCCUUCACAAGUGCAAUGCCAACCUGGGCACAAGUGUGUGGGGGGGAGGGGGGGAGUGUCUUAUUUUUCCAAGGCGCUCUCCCAUUUCCUUUCAUUUUUCAAGCAACCUUGGAUGAGGGGGAAUUACUCAAAUACAAGCAGGCACCAGCCAGGGUCAGUCCUGCUAGGAUAAAGAAUCCUCCCUGUCUUGCAGGGUUCCACAUUCAUUUCUCCUGUCCUCUCACCAUCUUCAGGCCUAAGGAAUAUGCCAUUCUGGGAAACACUCUUCUUUCCAGCACUUCUAUUGAUCCCCACACUCCAAUGUUACAUGUGGUUAUCAUCUCUUUUAUCCAUUAAUCCAUACAAAAGACAAAAAACUAUAGCAGGAAAAUUCUCAUCAUGGGAGCAGUGCAACAGUAUAGUGUGAAUAUAUUCUACAUGAAAUAAGUGAGUUGUAAGAGUCAUCUCUAUAUGAGAUGAAUCUCAGCAAAUAUUCAAAACACUCUUUCCUGUUGUCAUGUACUUCAAACUCCCCAGAUCUAUCUUAUAUCCUAUUAAUAGGCAACUUUUUUUUUCCCCCAUAGGCAAACUGAGCUGUGAAUUCCUUAUGAGUAGCUGCUUCCCAGAUACAUCUGGCUUUAGUAUCAGUACAGAGCCUCCUUUCUCACACACAGUGUAGCAGAUGCUGCUCAGAGCAUACCCUGCUGCCCCUUCUUUCUAAAAAAACUGUUUAUAGAGCUUUCCUGUCUUCUUCAGAUGGUAAGUCCAGCCUCACUCACACAGACUUGCAGGCUCUUUCCUUUCCCCAUACUACCCCAGAUAAUCAAGAGUUCAGUCUGGCUAACGCGGUCACCGAUUCCCAGCUUGCCUUUCUUUCCAAUUUAAGAAAACACGCUGCAGUUUGUGUUGGUUAGUUCUGUUUGUUUGGGAAAUUUUCUGUUGCAUGCACAGCGAUUAAUACAUGCAGUACAACUUUCAAAAGUUUAUGUAUUGACUUAGUUAAUAAUGCAUACUGCAGCUAGGCAUCCGUUCAGGAAAUAGGUAACUAACACCAUCCCACUGCAAUCUCCUAAUGUUACUUCUGAUAAUCAGCUCAGAGUUUACAUCUUCACAUUGGAGGGCUUUACAUCAGUAUUCUUGCUAUUAAAUGUGUGGUUCAAAUGCUUGCUGGCAGCAAACCACAAGGAUCGUGAACUCGCUUGAAUCAAAAUUAAUUCAAGAAUCUAAAUUAGCAUUUAAAUUCUCUUCACUGCUCUUAACUCCAGUCAUGCCUGUUCUGUGAGAAUAAGACCCUGCAACAAUUAUGCCCAGUUGCUGUGGGAAACACAAACUAGGAGCUGUGGCAGAAAGGCAUCUUACAUAACUAAAGACUAAACUAAAUAAACUGAAGUUUAUUUCCCUUAGUCUCCCUUUAGGCAAAGCCCAUUAAAUGAAAGAAACUCAUUUGCUUUCUACUGGUUCCAGGAGCCAAAGACAUACACGUCCCUGCAAACCCAUUCACCCAACCAGGGCUUUUGCAGGAGCAAGGAGAGGGGAAGCAGGGUAAAAGAGAGACAGUUUGGUGUCAGUGACAAACACCUAGCAGUUUGCAGACAGUAGCUGUCCUCAUGCACCAGUGGCUAGGAACCAAAGACAACUAAAAAGAAAAAGACUGCAAUGCUCACCUUCCUGCUCCAGUGUCAAAAUACCCUACUCCUUUCCCUCAGCCUCCUAGCAAGGACUGAGUCUAGUAGGAAAUUCCAGAAAGGCCUAAGGGCACCGCAAGUUAGUGAGGCUGGGGCACCCCUCAUUCAGCAGGCACCACUUGUUUGGUCCUCUCCGCUCACUGGAGAGAGGAAAGCUGAGUGGACCACCAGGCGCUCUUCACUGAGCAGACUUUACUGACAGGCUGUACAGAACAAAACUUCUGGUUUGCAGAUCUCUGAGCACUAAGCUCCUUUGUGCUUUUUCCACUGUUGAUCACAGCUAUGAAGAGCUCUUGCUGGAGAUGUGCUACAUUCUUUUUAAGGAGAAAAAAACCUGCUUCUCUCUCCUGCUUCAGUAGCUCAAAAGGAGCUACUGAAGAAUACUAGUGUCCUGCACUAGUUACUAUUUCUUCAUAUAUCCUAGCUAUCUGUGUUCAUCCAAACACUGUUUCAUAUCUUACACUUAGAUGAAUAGCUCAGCACCAAGCAACAGUGAGAUUCCAGCAGGGUUCCUACAGUGCAAUGUGCAAGGCCUAGGAAAUCAAGGCCAUGGGAAGUUUGCAACCUCCCCCCAGUCAAAGUAGAGAUUAUUAUUGACUCUUUUCUGUAGUCAAGCUAACCUUCAGUGUACAGCACUUGACUGCUGCCUCCUCUUCUUGUGGAAGAGGUUAUUCUAUUACUCUCUCUCUCUCUCCCCAGUUAAAGCAGCACUGGCCCCAGCUGCUCUGCCCCUCCCUGGUGAAGGAGCAGCAACAUUUUCCUUGCUCCCUGCUUCCAAAGAAAGAACAGAGACUUUGCUCUAGCGGGAGUCUUUCCCAGGGUGUAAGAGAUUAGAGCAUGGCAAGGAAGUCCAGUUCCUCAAACAGCAGAUAAAGGACCAUUGGGAAUCCAAGGAACAGCCUGCCAUGGCAUGCUGUCCUGUCCAUUGCAAGAAAAGCCCCCAUGUACUUCAAUAAAUGAUAAAAACUUGCGAACAGCCAGUUCCUCCCAUCAGUAUGUUACAGACGCCAUAGAGUCUCACCCUUGUUACGUUCAAUCCUAUUAUUAGCCAUCUCUCUCCACCCUAACUAAAAAGUCUCUUUCCCCAUAAAGCCAUUUAGGUCACAUAAGGAACUUAAAACCAGUUUAGGUUUCAAGCAGUUAUGUUUAAGUGUCUAAAGGGGAGAGGGGAAUUGUUUUGGGGUUGGGAGGGGUCAUUUCUUUCUGUUGACUCUGAUUUACUGCAAGACAUGGCUGCAUGGUCAUUCUUCCCUGAAGAAUACUGAAACUAAAACAGUUUAAAAAAUGAUUUUACUAGUCACAAUUUCACUCUGGCAUUUUUACAUUUUGAGCUUAAUUAUCUAGCGCUGUUAGGUCACCAUUAGAUAUUUGUUACAAGAAAGUGGGAAUUUAAACCCAAAUAUGGUCAUACUUUCUAACUGUCCCAUUGCAGUAGCUUCUUUCAGAAAAGCUGUAAUUUGACAAUGGACAGUUCAGCUUUGGACCCCAAAUCUUCAGUAGCUGGAGCAAAGUGACUGCUUGUACACAAUGAGCUGAAUCUAGCAGUCGGUAUCAACCCAAAGUACUUCCUAGACAGGGGUAUUGGGGGGAGGGGAGGGAGCUGUUUGAAGGAGAGUUAACCAGAGAGUUCAAAGCACUUUACAAACUAGCUUUACAUUUCAAAAUGGAAACCAAGUCAUAAAGCAGAUGAGUAAUUUUAAGUAAGGUCGGAAAAUAUAAUCAAGGUCACUUGCCUUUUCUUGUUCAAACAACGUCUUUCCUAUCUGCAGUUCUAUUAAUAUCACUACAAGCUGUGAAGCAUUCUGGUGCUUUCCUGACAAGUCAUCAUCUAUACAUUAUAUGUACACUACUGUUUCUCUGUGCCUAUUCCCCCCCCCCCCAAAAAAAAAAUCUAAAGUUGAUGUAAAACUGCCUUUCAAGUAGAACAAGAAAGAUUUAACCAGCACUUGAAAAUGUCAGAAAUCAGUCAGCUUCAAAAUCUCCAAAUGGUCAGUCUUGGCAUUAAAAUUUCUGUAAUGCUGCAAUCAAAAUAUUCCCUACAUUAGAGAGCUUUUUUUUUUUUUUUAAAUACCUUGUACUCAUGUUGCUUUUUAUAUGUUUGUUAGAGUUAUAUCCAAUAAAAAUGAAGUUAAAAAGCUGAA